GUGAGUUCUUCAAUUCCUUCCAUGGAAUUGGCGUCUUCAUCAUCCAAACUGCAACGGAAGUACGAUGUGCUCAUCAACUUCACUGAAAUAGAAGACAUUCGCAAGAAAUUUGUUUCUCAUCUCGAUUCUGCCCUCUCUGCUAAUGGGCUCACCACUUUGCUUCACCACGAGAAUGCAUUGCAGCCAUUGCACAUCCAACAACCUAUUCUUCAUCUGUGUCGGGUAGCAAUUGUUGUUUUCACCAAAACUUAUUCUCAAUCUGCUUGGUGUCUUCAUCAGCUUCAACAAAUAAUUGAAUGGCACCAAACUUAUUCCCGACAUGUUCUGCCCGUAUAUUACGAAAUUGAGCCAUCUGAUGUACGUCUUCAGAAGGGUGAUUUUGGAGAAGCCUUUAAAGCAACUGCACACCAAACAUUUUCUGAACAACAACUGGAGGAUGGCGUGUCCAGGUGGAGCCACGCACUCACCAAAGCUGCGAAUUUCUUUGGAUGGGAUGAGAGCAAUCACAGGAGUGAUGCAGAACUAGUGGACACAAUUGUUAAGAGCGUUCUUAAUUUACCAGUCUUGUCUGUUACUAAAUUUCCGGUUGGAUUGCAAUCCCAAGUGGAAGAUGUGAUUCGAACUAUAAAAAAUAAAUCAAUGGAAGUGUGUAGGAUAGGGAUAUGUGGAAUGGAAGGAUCGGGUAAAACGACCCUUGCCAAAGCCAUCUACAAUCAAAUUCAUGGUACAUUCAUGGAGAAAAGUUUCAUUGAAGAUGUUUCAGAAGUCAAUCGAACAAGAGGGUGUAUUCAUUUACAAGCACAACUUCUUUCAGAUGUCCUAAAAUCAAGAGUGGAGAUUCAUAGCGUUGAGAUGGGAACAAGUAUGAUUCAGGAAAGACUUCAUGGGAAAAGGAUGCUAAUUGUACUCGACGAUAUGAUCAAUGAGUACUAUCCAUUAUUCGACCUUAGGAAAUGUUGUGCAUGGUUCGGUAAAGGAACUGUAAUUAUCAUCACAACAAAAGAUGUAGAGCUACUGAGGAAGCACCAAGUUGAUUCUAUUUUUCGGAUGAAUCUAAUGAAUGCAAAUGAGUCCCUUGAGCUUUUUAGUUGGCAUGCAUUUCGAGAAGCAAAACCAAAAGAAUACAGCGACCUUGCAAAAACAGUAGUUACUUAUUGUGGAGGACUACCUCUUGCGCUUGAACUCAUUGGAGCUUGUUUAUUUGAAAGGACGAAAGAAGAAUGGAACAGAGUAUUGUUAAGAUUAGACAAUAAGAUUUAUUCUUUGAUGUAUGUUGUUCCACUGAUAUUGAAAAUAAGCUUCGACGGUUUAAGGAAUAAAAUUGAAAAAGAUUUAUUCCUUGAUAUAUGUUGUUUCUUUGUUGGUAAAGGCAGAGCCUAUGUUAAGAAGAUGCUGAAUGGCUGUGGAGUUGACCCUGAUAGUGGAAUAAGAGUUCUGAUAGAGCGUAACCUCAUAAAAGUUAAAAAGAACAACAAAUUUGGAAUGCAUCCUUUGCUACGAGAUAUGGGAAGAGGAAUUAUUCGUGAAAAUUCAAAAGAGGAACCUGGGAAGAACAGUCGAAUGUGGUAUGAUAGUGAUGCAGAAUAUGCACUGUCAGAGAAUACAGUAAGAACAAUCUCGAUCUAUGGUUUUGAAACUUCUUUUUGGAAGUGAAUGUUUUCUCAUGUGCAAUAUAUUUUUUUUUCUUAGCUAUUUUCAUCACAGAGGACAAAAGUCAUUCAAGGAUUGCCUGAGAAACUGUUUUU